UACUCAACGAUCAAUAAUCACAUGUAAUUUUUUUUCUAUUCUUAUUAAAUAUUGACCUGAAAAAUAAGAAUCCUGCUUGUUCUGUCGGGAAACUAAAGAAAUUAAAGCGGCAAAAGCUUGCAGUUUUGCUUUGCUUAAAAUAGCUGCCGUAAAGUGAGAUAUUUGUUUUCCAUUUAAAACAAACAAAGAAGUUAUUGGAGAUAAAAUUCUUUCUAUUCUCAAUUCGUAAAUAAUGUCUUCCAAAACCGAAAAAAUCUGAUAAAAAUCACUAAUUUUAUCACGUCUUCAGACACCAUGAGGUCAAAUAGAGGGCGUAUUUCUUUUGACAAAAAACAAAAUUACAGCCGAUUGUGACAGCAUGAAUAAAGGCUAUCACAGAGUUUUAAUAAUGGAGCAAAUAAUUACAAAACACGUCUCCCCGAUCAACCUGUUCGUAAUUUGCAUGUUGGCAAAGCUCGCCGGUUUAAAGGCGGCAAUCCAUUAUUGAAAGACUGUCUUUUAUAGACAGCGAUUGUCAACUCAUUCGCGCUUUCUUAUUUUGAAUUGCCGCAUUCUGUUGAAAAGAACAAAGGAAAAAAAAAAAUUUUUGUUGAUGAUUGUGCAACAUGUAAAUUAAACGCAUUGGUGGAUGUUUAAAACUGGCCUAGACGCGAUCUCGAAUUAGCUGGCCCCAAGGGGUCAUACAUGUCGAAGUAUUAAGUGUUUCCUCAUUCUGAACGACGCCAUGAGAGCUUCGAUCUCAAGCAUUGCCACAAGGAUGAGUAUUGCUUCAUUUCCUCUCAUCGAUGAAUUCAAAUGGGUUGUAUAUUCACGGACCCAAUGUUGCUUAAUUGAUGUUUGGCAAAGAUAGGUUUGUUUUACACAGUAACUGCAGGAAGCCGGAGCUCAGCGGGAUUUCAGUUCGAAAUUCGGUCCUCCAGCUCUCUUGAAGAUGAUUCAGAUACGAGUGUUGUCAUUGUGCAUUUUGACAAUCCUUUGGUUACAGAUCAGAAGCUUUACAAGUGGAAAAUGCCUCCACGAAUUCUCAGAUUCUCUAGUGUUCCUCAAGCCAUGAUAGACACAGAGGUCUGGGUACCAUUUGACCGUGAAUAUCAUGUAGGGAAUGAAGUAUUGAUGGAUGCCGGAUCAAUAGGAUUCACGGGAAGACUAGGCUGGUUUACAAACUCCUUCUUUGUUGGUCGAAUGUGGAGUGAACAUCACCAACCCGCUGACCAUUGGAGAGCUCUACAGCUUCGCGUUAUACUACAGGAACUUUCCCUCGCCUCGGAACUGAUCACGUGUCAGGCCUGCAUAGAACACGAGUUCCAUCCUCUACAGUGUGUCCAACUAAAUCAAAGUGGCAAGAACUGUGUUACCCUGCUGGCUGCACAAAAAGGCAAUCUCAGUUCUUUCAUGAUCGAGGAUCAGAUUAAAAGUCUACAGUUGAAUGUAUCAGUGCUAUGGCUUGGAAAUAACCUUACGUCCACAGUUUUGCUGAACGAAGCAAAGGGAAAGCCUUUGCUAUUUUGUGCCUGGGAUCCAAGCCCUUUAACCACAGCUAGCAAAUUUAGGAGGAUUAUCUUCCCUGAAUGCAGCUUUCCUUCGAACUACAUCGCCUUAAACCUCACAAAUAAAUCUCAUGGAGGAUGCGAUUUUCCCUUGUACGACCUGCGAAAAUUUGUUUGGAAAGAAAUACAGAUGCGUUAUAAGGACAUUUACGGCCUUUUGAAAGCCAUCAGUCUUACACGAGAGCAAAUCACUGAUAUACUUCAACAGGUCGGCACAACUCAAAACAGCACGUCAAUUAAUGACUCCGUGUGUCAUUGGAUGAAUAAAUCACGUGAUAUUUGGUUGCCAUGGAUACAAGCUGAAACUACCGCUAAAAGAAUUGUGUAUAUUGGGGGGAUGUUUCCGAGUCUUGUAGAAGCAAAGGCUGUAUGGUCAAGCCCGGGUGAUGAAGUUGGAGCCCAGCUAGCUAUCAAAGAGAUCAACAGAGAAAUAAGAGUUUUGGAGCGUUGUAAGCUUGAACUACUCGUAGCCCCAACUCAGUGUAGACGUGAACUGGUAAUUUCGGCAUAUAUACGAUACCUGAAUCUGGAUCAUGCGCAAAAGGUAAUUGGCAUCGUUGGACCAGCAUGUAGCAAGGCCACACUUCCAAUUGCCGAAGUGGCCCGAUUUCACAACACAAUUCUAAUGGGCUACGGCGCUGAUGACGUGUCAUUAUCCGAUAGAACGAGAUUUCCGAUGUUUUUCCGAACAAAUCCGAGUGUUGACGAAUUCAAGUUAGCGUUCUUAUCGAUUUUUCGAGCGUUUAGUUGGAAGAAAUGUGCCAUCUUGCGUGAGGCUAAGUAUCCAGUAAACACGGUACAGUCUCGCACAGAAUUCCUGACCAAAAACGGAGUGCAAGUACUGUCACGUGAGUUGCCGUCCGAUGAAGACCUAGAUGCCCAGAGUUAUGUCAAGAACGUCGCGGAGAGUAAACUGACAGUGAUAAUGUUGGACGCCUACCCAGCAGUCACCAGGGCAGUGACAUGCCAAGCUUAUAAGGAGGGUCUAACUCCAGAAAAAGGCUACGUGUGGUUCUUACUUGAUUGGUUGGAAUCUGAUUGGUGGGACGUGGACUUUUUUAACAGCAAAAAACACGCCGCACCAGAAAGCGUGCCGUGCUCCACUGAUGACUUGAAGACUUUUGUCGAUCAAGGCUACUUCACUUUAUCUUCUCCCUUUUUUGGAGAUGACGAACAACCCGUUGUGGGAGGAGGAACUGUCAAACAAUGGAAGGAACGAUAUCGAUCCACCGUGGCAAAGCAGAAAAAGGAAUGGUCGGGUUACGCAUCCUUUGCGCAUGACGCAGUUUGGACAUACGCUUUAGCACUGGACCAACUGCUUAAGAAUGACUCAUUAGCUUUGGAUAAAAUUGACACCAAUUCUACCUCAGUAAAGUUCCGUCGCUAUAUACAGCAAGUGGACUUCUUGGGUGUGUCUGGACGGGUGCACUUCAACAAAGGAGAUCGUCUCUCCGACAUUAUCAUCAAACAGAAAUUCACCUCGCACUCCGCGAUCAUUGGACACUUCAUCCAUUCCCACAAACCGAAUGCAACGUAUUCAGGAGGCUUGCAGUGGAACCCUAACAAAAUUACAUGGGCCUCGGGAACAAUACCAAGUGAUGUUUUACCAGAACCUGAACCAAAAGCACUAUGCGGAGUAGAGAAUUUAAGCAAAGCUUUGGGUGUGUCCUGUCGAGCGGCCAUUGGUAUUACCGUACUCAUUGCCCUGACAUCUGUUUCCGCAUUCCUGAUAUUUGUUAUUUGGAUUCUGAAAGGAAG